CAUUGCUGGUCGAUCAUUCACUUAAUAUCCUCCCCCCUCUUCCCCCCCCUCUCUCUCCACAAUAGUAAUGGGAGCUGACUGUUGAUACUGUGGUCAGUCAGGCACUGCUGAAAGCCAGGAGAAGACGACCAACGUAGUGUUACUCCCAGUACUUUGUGUGUAUUUUAUUAUACUCUGGAAAUCUGUACAAUGGAAAAUAGAAAAACUGAUUUUUAUUCAAAGCUGAUAGCGGCUGAGGAGAAGAAGGCAUCAAAUACUUCGAGUUUGUUGUACAGAAAUGAAUGCGAACAAAUUAUGAAUCGCUUGGAUGAACUUAAACGUGUUAACAUUAAAAAGACUCAGAAAGACUAUCGUUUGUUACGAAAGUAUGAAAUCCUUGAAGUCACAGUUGAAGGUAUCACCGUUAAGAAAUUGCAGAAAAAGGGAACUAAUCUUAGAUUCGUAUGCGCUGAAGAUGUGUUCGAUGUGAUCGAUGCUAUUCAUCGUGCACGUGGGCAUGGAGGUAGAACUAUUGUCUUUAGGGAAACAAGUGAAAAAUAUGCCAAUGUUUCAAGAUCCCAAAUUGAGUUGUAUUUACAGUUCUGUGAGGAGUGUCAUCUGAAAAAAAGCACUGUACGCAAGUCUGUGACUGUGAAGCCAAUUGUAUCCAACAGUAUGAACUCACGAGCUCAGGUCGACUUGAUCGAUAUGCAGAGCCAGCCAGAUGGAAAACAUCGUUUCAUUCUGAACUACCAGGAUCACUUGACGAAGAUGGUGUGUCUUCGGGCUCUACAGACGAAAACUGCUGAAGAGGUUGCUUUCCACUUCGUUGAUAUAUUCUGUGACAAAGGAGCCCCCCAUAUCCUGCAGUCUGACAAUGGAAGAGAAUUCUCAAAUAAGCUUGUCAAGGAAGUUCUGAUGAUGUGGCCAGAGUGCAAGAUGGUUCAUGGCAAACCACGACAUUCCCAAUCGCAGGGCUCGGUGGAACGUGCCAACAGGGAUAUUGAAGCCAUUCUCGCAUGUUGGAUGAAGGACAACAACUCUACACAAUGGUCACAGGGACUGCGCUUUGUCCAGUGGAAGAAAAAUACCCGCUUUCACUCCGGAAUUGGAAGGACACCAUAUGAGGCCAUGUAUGGACAGAAGGCUCGUCUUGGUGUUGACGCAAAUUCUGUACCAGAGGAAGUCCUGGACGGUAUGCAGACGGAGGAGCAGCUUGCAGAGGCACUAGGUGUUGUCAAUGAGGUCACAGACACAGAGGAGGAAGAGACAGGUGUUGAAAAGCAAGAAGAAGCAUCUGCUGUCAUUAACUGCAUCUCCUGUGGCAAAAGAUAUUUUGGUUUAAAUGUGUGCAAUGUGUGUGAGAACCCAUGUCACUCUAAUACUCCGUGUUCUAUGAGGAAUAACGAUGCUGAUGAGUCUGUGCUUUGUUCCAUCUGCAGUCGGAGUCAGAGUAUUCAUACUGAACAAAUGAAGUCCAACAUAGAACAACAGAAACAAGCCCAAAAAAUGAUCGAUAAUUCUGUGAAGAGAUUUCAACCAGCCAAGGUAGGGGAAACUGUGAUGGUUCCUGUUCCAUUAGUUGACCGCGGACGUGCAGAGUUUCCUAAUGUGAAGGCAGUUGUUUUUCAGGCAUUGGACAAUGGCACAUAUAAGCUUGGUACAAAACACGGCCUGCUUAAACAAAUGUACACUCGCAACCAAUUUACUCCAUGUCUAGAAAAAUUCCUUUCUCUUGAUGAUGUUGUACAGGAGCGGGAAGUAAGUCUGCGGGAAGUAGCAAUUGCAGAAUCAAUGGGACAAGGUCAGGGAUUCGCUAAAUGCUCUUGCACUAAGUCAUGUAUGACCAGACGCUGCAAGUGUUUAAAAAACUCUGUAUUAUGCAACAGCAGAUGCAAAUGCAGUGCCUCUUGCUCCAACAAGGUCGACACACAAUAAAAUUAGUUAUGUUCACUACGUUUUAUCAUUCCCUCGCUUUUUUUUUCAUCUGCCUGCUUGCUGUAUGGACAUUUUGUAAACUGACCAACGAUAAUUUUGUAAACUGACCAAAAUCUUGGUCGUUUUGCAAACUGACCAACGAUAAUUUUGUAAACUGACCAAAAUCUUGGUCGUUUUG